AACAAAGGAGAAAUGAAGAAUCAAUCAGUGGAGAUAGAGUUCAUUUUGCUUGGACUGACAGAUGACCCUCUGCUACAAAUUGUGAUUUUCCUGUUUCUAUUUUUCAAUUAUAUCUUGAGCCUGAUGGGGAACUUCAUCAUCAUCAUCCUCACCCUGUUGGAUCCCCGCCUCAAGACUCCAAUGUAUUUCUUCCUCAGAAAUUUUUCCUUCUUGGAAAUUUUGUUCACCACAGCCUCCAUUCCACGGUUCUUGAUAAGCAUUCUCACUGGAGACAAAACAAUUUCCUACAAUGCUUGUGCAACUCAAUUAUUCUUUUAUUUCCUCUUAGGGGUUACAGAGUUUUACCUCCUGGCUGCCAUGUCCUAUGACCGCUAUGUGGCCAUCUGCAAACCCCUUCAUUACCCAGUCGUUAUGAACAGCAGAGUGUGCUGCCAGCUGGUGCUCAGCUCCUGGGCAGCUGGGUUCUUAAUCAUCUUUCCGCCUUUGCUCUUGCUACUCAAGCUGGAUUUCUGUGCUUCCAAAGUGAUCGAUCACUUCCUGUGUGAAUCUUCUGUCCUGCAGAUCUCUUGCACAGAUACACGUUUCAUAGAAUUGAUGGCUUUUGUCUUUGCUGUGAUGACCCUUGUCCUCACAUUGUUAUUGGUGGUCCUCUCCUAUACCUACAUCAUCAAAACCAUUCUCAAAUUCCCUUCUGCUCAACAACGAAGGAAGGCCUUUUCCACCUGUUCCUCACACAUGGUAGUUGUCUCUAUUACUUAUGGCAGUUGUAUCUUUAUGUACAUGAAGCCAUCAGCAAAAGAAAGGGUGACUUUAAUUAAAGAUGUAGCUGUGCUCAAUACCUCUGUUGCACCUUUACUCAACCCUUUCAUUUACACCCUGAGGAACCAGCAGGUGAAAGAAGCUCUCAAGCAUAUGCUCCAAAGGUUUUGUUCAUUUAAAAAAAAAAAAAAGACAAAUUUUAGACAUAAAUAA